AUGCAAGAAAAUAAGCUCUGCUACCAAAAUUCUUCUCAAGAAUGCACCACAGUGAGGGCAAAAAAAAUGCAGAAGAGAUUUCUCCACAAGGAUGGCAGCUGCAAUGUGCAUUUCAAACACAUCUUUGGAGAAUGGGAGAGUUACGUGGCUGAUAUUUUCACCACAUUAGUGGACAUCAAAUGGCGCCAUAUGUUUGUGAUAUUCUCUUUAUCUUACAUUCUUUCUUGGCUGUUCUUUGGCUUGGUCUUUUGGCUUAUAGCAAUCCAACAUGGAGAUUUAGUACAUGAUGAAGAAAUAACCCCUUGUGUUGCUAAGGUGCAUAGCUUCACGGGAGCAUUCUUAUUCUCACUUGAAACCCAGGCGACCAUAGGUUUUGGCUUUCGUUGUGUCACUGAAGAGUGCUCUGUAGCGAUCCUGAUGGUGGUCCUACAGUCAGUAUUAAGCUGUAUUAUUGACACAUUCAUUAUUGGAGCUGCCUUGGCUAAAAUGGCCACAGCUCGAAAGAGAGCUCAGACCAUCCGCUUCAGCUACUGUGCCACCAUAGGCCUAAGAGAUGAUAAACUUUGCCUCAUGUGGCGCAUUGGUGAUUUCCGGCCAAACCACAUGGUUGAAGGCACAGUACGAGCUCAGCUUCUGCGCUACAUAGAAGAUAUGGAGGGGAGAAUGACAAUGGAAUACAAGGACUUGAAGUUACUAAAUGACCAGGUCAUACUUGUUACACCUGUGACCAUCGUACAUGAAAUUGACCAUGACAGCCCUUUAUAUGAUCUAGAUCGAAAAGCUUUGGCAAAAGACAGUUUUGAAAUCUUGGUUACAUUUGUCUACACUGGAGAUUCAACUGGAACUUCACACCAGUCGAGAAGUUCAUAUGUCCCUCGAGAAAUCCUUUGGGGACACUGGUUCAACAAUGUCUUGCAGAUGAGGAAAAAAUACUACAAUGUGGAUUGCCUACAGUUUGAGGAAACCACGGAGGUUUACGCUCCCUAUUGCAGUCCAAAGCAACUGGAUAGAAAGGAACAUGAAUGGAACAGAACUAAGAAAACAUCGGACAGAGGAACAAGUACAUCAACACUGGAGGUCAGAGAUCCAUCAUUUAAGGCAGUUGCCCUCAUCAGCAGUUCUGAAGAUCCAGAAGAUCUAAUGAAAGCUGUCAACCAAGAUUCUAGACAACUGCCUUAUUAGAAAGAUCCACUGACCUUAAAUAGAAUCUCAGUGAAGUCCAAGAUCUAGCUGUUCACUGCAAUUAAAAUUACUGCCCCAACUGUUGCCUAAGCAGCCUGUAAAAUAUAAGCAGUGUUGAACU